AUGGGAGGCAACGCCUUCGCCAGAGGCGCCAACCCGCUGCACACGCCGCGCAUGCCGCCGGCCGUGUACGAGCACGUCCUGCGCGCCUGCCACGCCGCGCUGCGCAAGCUCUUCGACGUCGUCGGGACGCCGGUCCCGGGGCCCGGCAAGGAGGACCACGGGGACAUCGACAUCUUCGUGGCGGGCGCGAAGCCGGGCACCUCCGCACCCGCCUCCGUCCGCGCCUCCGCCCCGGCGGCUGCGGCGCCGGACGCCUCCCUCGAAGUAGCCGCGCGACGCCUCGGCGCCGUGCGCACCUUCAAGCAGCAGCCGGGGCUGCUCAUCUGCGCGGUGCCGUGGCCGGACGACGUGCGCUCCGGCGGCGCCGCGGAGGGCGCUCGCUCGGAACCCAGCGACGCGGGGGCGGCAGCGGCGGCAGCGGCGGCUCCUCGGUUCGUCCAGGUGGACCUGCACCAGUGCGGCUCGGCGGAGGAGGCGCAGCGGAUGCUGUUCCGGCAGGCGCACGGGGACCUGUGGAACAUCCUGGGCAGCGUGGUCCGGCCGGUGGGGCUGACCAUCGGCCAGGACGGGCUGUCGGUGCGGAUCCCCGAGAUCGAGCCGCGCGGCAAGCGGCGCGCGCGCGUGCUGCUGACCGACGCGCCCGCCGACAUCCUCGCCUUCCUCGGCCUCGACCCCGCCGCCGCCCCCUGGGACGCCCCGUUCGCCUCCGUCGACGCCCUCUUCGCCUACGCCGCCACCUGCCGCUUCUUCUGGGUCUGGCCCGCCCCGGACGCCACCGCCGCCGACCCCCCGGACAAGGAGGACGACGACGACGGCGCCGCCGAGCCCGAUCCCGAUCCCGCUGCCGCUGCCGCCGACGCCAAGCUCACGAGCAGCGAGCGCCGCCGCGUGCACAACCGCCCCAUCUUCCGCCGCUGGUACGAGGACUUCAUCCCGGCGUGCCGGGCCGCGGGCCGGUUCACCACGCCGCGGGCGGGGGACCGCGCGUCGGUCUGCGCCGAGGCGCUGGCGCGCUUCCCGGCGGCGCGGGCGCCGUACGAGGCGCGGCUGCUGGAGUGGCGGCGCGAGGAGCAGCGCCUCUCGCUCGCGCGCGACGUGAUCAAGUCGGCGAUCCCCGCCGCUGCCGACGACGCCGACGCCGAUGCCCCCAAGCUCGCGGACCCGAUGUGGCGCCGCCGUACCGCCGCCGCCCUGCGCAAGAUCGUCGUGCUCGACGACUACGCGCUCGGCGUGCGCCCCGCCGAGACGCUGCGCCGCCCCGCCGACGGCCUGUACGACGAGGACGCCGUCCGCCGCUUCGUCCGGGACAACUGGCGCCGCGUCGGCGCCGCCGCGUGCCGGGCCGAUCGCGAGCGCUUCGAGCAGAAGAAGAAGGAAAAGGAAAAGGAAAGAGGAGAGUAA